GUCACGCUGCUUUUAGGCGGCCAUUUGUCUUAGAGCUCCGCGAUUUGGGCUCGUCUAGGAGUACUCUAGACACGAGAGGCGGGCGAGAGCUGGGUCGCUGGCGAGUAAUCUGUAGCCUUUGCUCGUUGUCACGAUGAGUUUGCCCCUCAACCCCAAACCUUUCCUCAAUGGAUUAACAGGAAAGCCAGUAAUGGUGAAACUUAAGUGGGGAAUGGAGUACAAAGGCUAUCUGGUAUCUGUGGAUGGCUAUAUGAACAUGCAGCUUGCAAACACAGAAGAAUACAUAGAUGGAGCAUUGUCUGGACACCUGGGUGAAGUUUUAAUAAGAUGUAAUAAUGUCCUUUAUAUCAGGGGUGUUGAAGAAGAGGAAGAAGAUGGGGAGAUGAGAGAAUAGCAUCUUUUGGGGGAAUUUUUUUAUAUUUGUUUCUAGAUAAUAAAAUAUAUGCUUGUUUUUCAA